AAUGUUUUCACUCCCUUUCUCUGGAGCUUGCAGAUGCUUUGUUCCAGUGCUUUUAGGUGAGUGUGUCAAUUGUUCCCCUCUCCACGCCCACUCGCUCCUCCUUUGUUCAUUUUACUAGUAGGCUGACAAGCAACUUCUGGCUGAUCUCCAUUCUGUUGGGCUUUUUUAUGUUGCUGCAAACAGUGCCUUUAUUUUCCUUUUCCCCUAACUUGUGUGCAAAAGCAUAACCCUGCUCAAACAAAGAUUUGUAUUUCAGCUGUAUCCUACCAGGAAACCCACAGAUAUUCACACUUCCAGGUUUUUUUUAAAGGAACCUACUGCAGCUGGUAGAACAGACCGAGCAUGCUUGGUCACCUAGAAACCAGAGGGAGUGCAAAUGUAUAAUUAGAGGGUGGGGCCACAAAGAAAAAGUGAGACUAAUCUCCCGCAGAGGAAUGCCUGCUUGUGUGAAUGGGACAAAGCGAUUGGAAGCUAACAUUGAACAGGAACUGUGGAUGAUGACAAUGAAAAGCAAAGUUGCCUUCCCCAUCGACGAUGUCGAUGAUGACAAGAUUGUGGGAGGCUACACCUGUCAGAAGAAUUCUGUCCCCUACCAAGUUUCCCUGAAUUCUGGAUACCACUUCUGCGGCGGUUCCCUCAUCAACAGCCAGUGGGUUGUUUCAGCUGCUCACUGCUACAAAUCACGCAUCCAGGUGAGACUGGGGGAACACAGUUUGACCUUGAACGACGGCACUGAACAGUAUGUCGAUUCAGCCAAAGUCAUCCGUCAUCCUAAUUACAACUCUAACUUGUUGGACAAUGAUAUCAUGCUCAUCAAGCUGUCCACCCCGGCCACCCUCAACAGUCGCGUCACAUCGGUCUCUCUCCCCACCAGCUGUGUGGCCACCGGGGCAGAGUGUCUGAUCUCUGGCUGGGGCAACACCCUCAGCAGUGGCACUAGCUAUCCUGACCUCCUGCAAUGCCUGAAGGCUCCUGUACUUUCCUCUAGUCAGUGCACAAAUGCCUAUCCAGGGCAAAUCACCAAAAAUAUGAUUUGUGUGGGAUUUCUGCAGGGUGGUAAAGACUCUUGCCAGGGAGACUCAGGUGGCCCCGUAGUCUGCAAUGGGCAGCUCCAGGGAAUUGUCUCCUGGGGCAUUGGAUGUGCUCAGAAAGGCAAACCUGGAGUCUACACCAAGGUCUGCAACUAUGUCUCAUGGAUUGAAAGCACUAUCAGGUCCAACUGAUCAAA